ACAUGCGAGGAUCACCAUUGAGAGAGAAAAAAAUCGUGAGUAGCGAAGGGAGACAAUUGAAUACACGGUCAUGAUUCUGGGGAAAGCCGAGAGAAAAGAGAAGGCGUGAAGAAGAGAAAAGGAGUCUCUCGACCAAACCUUGGCCGAGAUCCCCACACAGCCAGACCUGUGGCCGUGCCGCUCGACUCAACGCCAUACUGUCCUCCUCCGUGGCGUCCAACCUCUCGGCUGCGCCACGUUUGCUGCUCCGCUACCGCGACACCUGCUAUUUCCACUGCGAGCCAAAAGCCCCCGUGACGAGCUGCUCCAAUAUCGAGUCCGCUGCUGCUCUUCUAGCGUCCAUCCAUUAUACCAACGAGCUCCAGUCCACGACGAUUCUUCCGGCGAUCCAACGCACAAAGGCGAGGCCUCGGUAUCGAAUCUGCGGUUUUUCCGGAUCCAUCCACUGCUCGCUAGUGUCUUCGCUUGUUCUCUGCCUUUUAUUCACAUCAUAUUGACUCAGUCAAACUUCCAUCCGUCGUUUGCGAGGAGUCAAGCAGUAGCCAAUAGAGCAAUAAUUAAACAAAGAAGUGUUUCAGUGGAGAAAGAAGCAAAAGAAUUCAUCCUUUUCUCUCCCUGUCAGAGACGAUUUUUGUUUACAGGUUCACAAGAGGACAAAACCGAGUGCAAUUGGUGGAGAGUGAGUUCGUUGCUGAAGGAGACAACAUCAUGCUCUUGGGAUCCUCUGUUCUCCGGAAACAAAUAACAUAAAGGAACGACAAACGUGUGGAGUCAAGCUUCGUCCCCGCGCUCUCGCCACGGGUUCUCCUCACUCUACUGUUUUGCCACCUCUUGCCAAUCACGCGAGUCACCACGAGCUCUUCGCGGCUAACUUCAUCCGCGCCACCAUCCGCCGGUCCAAACUCGGAAAGAAAAUAUUCAAAUUAGGUUGAUCGCAAGUCUUGGUCAAUAUACAAUGGGAAAUUCCGACAUUCGACUUAUUCUCCCUCCCAAGAAGGAACUCAACGUGUGGUGGGACAAGCUAGACCGAGCUAGUCGUGAGUUUGUGGAAUCAACAAUUGGCCGACUCCUCCCUCUGUUGCGUAUCAACAUUCAUGGCGGCCUCAUUCAAGCACUUGCCCAUUGUUGGUGUCCAGAGACGACUACUUUCAUCUUCGGUAAGCAUGAGCUCACUCCGACCUUGGAAGAAUAUAGCAUUGCCAUUGGAAAACCUUUGGAAUCAGAAUUAAUUAGUCCACCUAUCGGAAUAAAUCUUGUCUCGAUUUUAUCUGAUUUUCUGAGAAUCAAGGAAGAAAAGAUAAGAAAAAUUUUGAAAGGUCACCGCAAUACUUGCCCAUUUUCAUUUCUUGAUGAAUGUUUUCAAAAUGGCACUUCAUUUCAAAUUAGAAGGAUUUUCCUAUUAGCUUUCUUUGGGUUUAUACUUUUCCCUCGCUGUAAGAAUGCUAUUAAUCCUUUGAUUGCUAAGUUAGUGGGGCAAGUGUGUGGGGGAAUGAACUUUGUUAAUGCCCUCCUGGCAGAAACUUUUCUUUCCCUUUCUCGAUUUAAAGAAAAUGGUGACAAAAUUUUUCAUGCUUCUCCUGAGCUUUUGCAAAUUUGGUUCUUAUCUCACUUAAAAGGGUUUGGUGGUUUAAUGAUUAUACGUGAAGUUAGCAACUCUGAUCACCCUAUCAUGAGAUUUGAGAAUAAACAAAAACAUGCACCGGAUUAUCAUUAUUCCAAUUGGCUGGCUUUCUUUAAAAAUUCAAAGUCCAAAUGUUUCCUAUGGCAUGCUAAAUGGUUCCAAGUUCGUGAGGCUAGACUCACAUGUGGAUGUGUUGGCCCAAUUCCUUUACUGGGAUUCACUGGGGCAAUGGAAUAUUACCCGACCAGGGUGACUCACCAGUAUCAAUUGGUGCAAGAGCUUCCCCCAGCUUUGAAGCAGGAUGAUUCAAUUCGGGUCGACUUCACCAACGGAGACCUCGACCAUGAGGAUAACAUUUCUUUAAUCAAGUCGCUGUGGGAUAUGUGCCAUCCACAAAUGCUCAUAUGGCCCGAAAAAGAAUUAGCGGGUAAAGAAAGAAAGUAUUAUGCUACAGCCGAAUAUAUUCGACGACACAAGAUUCCAUACAACUUACUCCCAAAGAUACCAAGGGUGCUUGAGAAGAUCACCAACCGUGCUGAGAAAAGAUGUCUCAAGAGAAAAGCUGAGAAGUUACAAGAGCAAGUUACACACUUGACCAAGGAGAAUAAGCGAUUACGUUUGGAAAUCUCAUCCCAGUUGUAUAUUGAUCAAGCCAAAUGA